GGCUGACGAGGCGUGUCUCCUGUGCCCGCAGAUGUGUACUACAAGCUGCUGCAGGAGUUCUCCCCGGCUGCCGUCCGCACGCGCGCCCUGUCUCCGCAGCUGGCGACGCCGUACGGCGGUCGCGCGGCGGCGGGCGGGGCUGGGCCGCGCUUCGUGUCGCCCCGGGCUUGCGGAGCGGGGCGGGGACGCUGGCAGGCGCACCAGCGGCAGCGACUCGUACCCCAGCCUGCUGCUGCCCGGGGCCGUGGCCGCAGGGCCGGUGGCAGCGUCGCUGGUCCGCCCGCCCCCGCCCCUGCCGCCGCUCCUUCGUCCUCGCCGCCCCCGCCGCCGCCCCGCGACGCCGUCGCGCCACGGGCUGGCCGGCCAGCACGUGCUGAGCGUGGGCUCCUUCUCCAAGGAGCAGCUGAACGAGGUGUUCAACGCUGGCGCAGACGCUGCGGGUGUUCGUGCUGAAGGAGCGCCCGCUCGACCACAUCCUCAAGGGUAAAGUGUUAGCUUCAAUCUUCUAUGAAGUUAGCACUCGCACAGCUUGCAGUUUUUCUGCUGCAAUGCAACGCCUAGGAGGCAGUAUCAUUUAUAUGGAUGAGUCUUCAUCAUCCGUCAAGAAAGGAGAAUCCUUGGAAGAUUCUGUUGCAGUUAUGGCUGGUUAUGCUGAUGUGGUUGUCUUGCGGCAUCCAGAGCCAGGCGCAGUUGCUAGAGCAGCAGCCCAUUGUCGAAAACCUUUGGUCAAUGCAGGUGAUGGUACUGGAGAACAUCCCACACAAGCUCUUCUUGAUGUCUUUACCAUCAGAGAGGAAAUUGGCACUGUUAAUGGUCUUACAAUCACUUUGGCUGGUGACCUGAAACAUGGUCGAACUGUGCACUCUCUUGCCAAGUUGCUGACCUUGUACAAUGUGUCAUUGCGCUAUGUGAGUCCGUCCAAUCUAAGCAUGCCAUCUGAUGUUGUGGAAGCUGUGGCAGCUCGAGGAGUACCACAGCAAGAAUUCCGAAGCUUAGAAGAGGCUCUUCCUGAUACUGAUGUCCUGUACAUGACACGUAUUCAACGAGAACGCUUCUCAUCUCAAGAAGAAUAUGAAAAGGUGAGGGCAAAAGAAUAA